AUGCAUCAAGUAGUAACUCGUGGAUCAAGCAAUACUACACCUAAUAUUGGUACUGCACAGAAUAUUAGUCGUAUAUUGCGUGAAUAUAGGGAAAUUCAGAAAGACCCUAGUCCUUACUGGUGCGCAUAUCCAAUAUGUAUGGAUGAACCUUAUGAAUGGCAUUUUACUAUUAAAGGUCCAACGUCUAGUGAUUUUGAGGGUGGUAUAUAUCAUGGACGCAUUAUUUUGCCCCAAUCUUAUCCCUUUAGCCCACCUUCUAUUAUGUUGUUAACACAAAAUGGACGCUUUGAAAUAGGUAAGAAGAUAUGUUUAAGUGCUAGUAAUUAUCAUCCAGAGUUGUGGCAACCAGCAUGGGGAAUUAGAACAAUGUUAGAUGCACUACAUGCUUUUUUUCCGACUCCAGGUGAAGGUGCAGUUCAUUCAUUAGAUUGGAGUUCAGAAAUAAGGACGAAAUUGGCUAAAGAUAGCGUGAAAUGGUAUUGCAAUACUUGUAAGGAAACAAAUAAAGAAAUAUCUGAACGAUUAUGUAUGGUAGAUACUAAUAUAUCUAGUUCCUUAUCAAAUCCACUGAUUGAUCACUUUAUGAAUUCAAUUAAAAAUGUUAAUGUAACUGAAGAUGAAACUAUAAACUGUACAAAAGAUACAAAAAAUCUUAGUGAAGAAAAUGAUUUAGGAUGCUCUACUAAUAAUGAAAUAGAAAAAAAAAGUGAAGAGGAAGUUUUAAGAGAUAAUCACCCACCAAAAAGUAAUAUUCCAACCCAUAGAUUGCCUCCAUCGACUAGUCAAAAUUUUAUUUCUUGGAAUUCAAUUCUAUUAAGAAAACCAUCUAAUAUACAUGAAUUUUUGCUUUUCAUAAUGGACCUGUUAAUAUUUAUUUUAUUUGUAAGUAUUAUUGUUUGUUUAAUAAAAUUUAUUUUGCAGUCGACUAUAAGUCUGUUGUGA